AUGCUUUCAACAUCAUUUCUCUGGACAGCAUCAACAAUUAUUACAGAAAAUACUCGGCUAAUCAAAAAGUCGGUUCUUUCCACUACGUGCACCAAACUGCGUUUGGCAACUACUCCUUCAUCUGUGUGGACGCCACCCUAACCCCCGGGCCCAAGAGACCUUAUAACUUUUUUGGCAUUCUCAAUCAGACUCACAUGGACUUGCUGAACUCCUUCAGAGCUGAGAGUCUGAGGAGCAACCAGUCUAUCUGGUUCGGCCACUACACCACCUCCACCAUCGUCUCCCCCGCUCCUGGAGUUCGAGACAUGAUGAGAGCUGCAGUUGCUUAUUUGUGCGGCCACCUGCACACGCUCGGCGGUCUCAUGCCCGUCCUGCACAGCCGACAUCCACGAGGCACCCUGGAGCUGGAGCUGGGGGACUGGAUGGACAACCGCAGGUUCAGAGUCGUGGCCUUUGACCACGACCUGCUGAGUUUCUCCGACCUGCAGUUUGAGCAGUGGCCUGCCGUGCUCGUCACCAAUCCAAAGGACGCGCAGUACGUGCACCCGGGGGUGGAGCCUCUGGGCCGGAUACCGAAGUCGACGCACAUCAGGAUCUUGGCCUUCUCAGAGGCUCCAAUCACUGCAGUGCACGUGAGCGUGGAUGGCGAGGCUCUGGGGAAGGCUCACUGUGCUGGAGGCCCUCUGUACGUUCUCCUGUGGGAUCCGUUUGUGUACCUCACUGGGCUGCACAGGAUCACAGUUAAAGUGGAGGACUCUGCGGGCCGCUCGGCGGUGCGGGAGCAGCACUUCACUCUGGAGGACGCUCUGACUCCCAGCUUUGGAUUCGUGCAGUCCUUCAUCCUCCUCACAGACCACUACAUCCUGGGUCGAGUCCUCUUUAUAUCCACGGUGCUGCUGAACAUGGGCGUGCUCCUCGCCUUCAGGUUCCAUCAGCUCCCCAACGAGGAUGAACGUUCUGGUUUGGGAUGUUUUCCAGGACUGACGUCUUCAGUGCUCAUGUCUCUUCAUCUGAUCAGUAAAACCAACACCUUCUACUACUCCCUGAUGCUGUUCAACCUGUUCACAGCCUUUGGCCCGUGGUUCAUUGGAGAGCUCAUCGAUGGCCACAGCGGCGCCUGCUUCUCCUUCGGAGUGUUUAUUGACGGACAUUUCCUCGAGGGCAGUCUCACGUACGUCGUGGGAGUCAUUCAACUGCUCUUCUUCAACAUCCCCCUCACCUCGUACCUCUGCUGGAGUCUGCUCCAUCGCCACCGCCACAACAGCAGCUUCCGGUCCCACUUCGUGCGGUCGGGCUGUCACUGGCGACUCCUGGGGGUUCACCUCCUCAUGUUGCUGCUCCUCACCUGGCAGGCCCACUCCUGCUACUUCCUCCUGGAGACCUAUGGCCUCAUGGCCUUCUUCCUGUCUCCUGUCCGGACCUGGGCGUUCGGGCUCAGUCUGCUUUUGAUUCGCCAUGCCUGGACAGGCCUGUUCCCUUUUCCUCCAGACCACGGCAAGAGAGCCGUUUCCUUAUGACAGUAGCUGCACCGCUGCACCACCGUUCCCCUCACGCUGGAGUCGGAUACAUUUUGCUCUUUCCACCCUGAAAAUGAGACAGUUUCACCACAGCAGCCAUCUUUCAUUUAUCCAGAGCCACUUCACCAUGAUUACUCUCCUUUCUCCAGUGUGUUUAAUAUGCAUGUUUUUGAUGAGCACAUUUCUGACCACAUGCAUAGCGAUGUGCACGUGAAGAGCAAAA